AUGUCUACUAUCAACAUCCUGAAGACGUCUCGAUAUUUGCGGCCAUGCAUUCAUCCUUCGAGUCGCUCUUUUGUCCAUUCUUUACCACGUAACUUUCCAAGGAUAGGGCGGUUUACGUCGGAGAAAUCAUUCCAGAGCACACCGCCAACUUUUCGUGACCAAGUUGCCCGUUCAACUGAAGUAGAGUCUUUCAGCUCUCGAUUUCCCCGACCAACAAUACGGAACCAAGUUUUGUUUUUUGUUGGUGGGUCUUUACUCGCGUAUUCGAUAGCUGCAAGUCAAACCGAAGUCGACACCGAGUACUGGUCAAAACAUCUGGCAUCUGUCUCUCACAGAUGGACUCCGCGACCCCCAACUACUGAAGAGAUGAGAAAGGCUCAGUACUUAGAGCUUGGCAAGUAUCUGCAAACCCAAGUAAAUCAACUUAAAGAUACGUUGGCGGAAUGGCCUCUUGCAUUGCGCAACCUCGCUCUCUCCGUCUACGUUCAAGCUGCACAAUCAUACCUUGAUGCCCCCGAAGGCAGAAGAUUGUGCUGGUUGAUUUGCGGUGUCAACACGGCUAUAUAUCUCGUGUGGAAGAUACCACGACUCGCGCCAUUCAUGACCCGAACUUUCACUCACCACCCCUUGUCGGGACGCUCAUAUACUCUGCUAACGAGCACGUUUAGUCAUAAAUCCUUCAUCCACUUGUUGGCAAAUUCAAUGGCCCUAGCUAGCUUUGGCUCGGCCGCCACGCACUAUUUUACCCUGGAACAACUCAAACAUGGUGAACAUCAGCAAGAAGCCACUGCCAAGUGGCAUUUUCUUGCCUUCUUCAUCUCCGCCGGACUCUUCUCUGGUUUGGUUAGCCACACUGCUGCUUGCAAAGUUCUCUUCCCUCGCCUUGUCAAUCAGUUCACGGCAUCUGCAGUCAUAAAGAACUCUCCAGCAGCUACGGCAAUUUCUAGCACAGCUGUAAAGACUGCAACUGCUGCUCCGAGGGAGAUUUUACCGUCAUUAGGCGCGUCUGGCGCCAUUUACGCAGCUGUGACAGUCAGCGCAUUAGCCUUUCCAGACGCUCAAGUCAGCCUCAUUUUCCCUCCUUUCGUUUCGAUACCGAUUCAAGCGGGAGUUGGUGGUAUCGUCAUACUUGACAUGAUUGGCAUCAUACGCGGCUGGAGGAUGUUUGAUCAUUAUGCUCAUCUUGGUGGUGCGGCGUUUGGAGCAAUAUAUUACAUGUACGGGCCGCAGUGGUGGACCUUCAUGAGGGGCGAGUAUCAACGACUACACUCUCCCACAUCCACAUCUUAG